AUGUACCGGUACAUGGCUCUGAUAUACCGAUGGAUCAGACCGAGGAGGACAACAGGUCGUGGCAUAUACACUCAGCACCUCCAUCGAGUCACGGGUCGUACCAGGGUCAGAUACUCAGUCUCCAGACAAUACUUCCAGGCCGCUAACCAUCUGCCCCUAGACAGCAUAAUAAAUAACCCGAACGAUAACGAUAACCUACGCGAACCUGCCAUCGCCCGAAGCGAUGAUCCUCUACACGAGGUAUAUAACGAAGAACGAGCCGAUCCUGUCACUGCGGAACUGCCAACCCGCCAGGAGGUUUACAAUUGGGUUGAAGAGGAAGGCUUAGAUGAAGGGGAUAAGCUGGCUCGACGUAUUGUCUAUAUCCUUACCGCCGGCCUGAUAUCAUGCCCGGCGGAUCAGCAUAAGGAGCAGGACGCGUCACACCUCGCAACGUGCCGCCGCCAUCUGCACCUGCGUGAGACGUGGGCUGGGUCUAGUGCAAGAGUCAGCGGGUUGUCCUUCGCAGAGAGAGAGGAACGGUCACGACAGUUCGGCCUGGACCGGACUGUUCGACCGCUUGACGCUUCAGUCACAGGUCUCCGUCGCGACCAGCUGCCACCAGCCAGCCGGCUCGAAGCCCAAUUCGCAGGUUGGCACGACGACAAAGACUGGUCAGAUGCCGAGGUCUGUCUUCACCGAGACGACAUACCACAUCGGAAGCUGGCCCCCGCUGUCCACGACAUCGAUAGUUUUCUACAUGUCACGAAAGACCCGCGCAGCCUAAAAGGACCGCUCAAUAUAUGCAUCACGUCGCAGCCGAGACUCCUUCUCUCCAAGUCCAUUCAUAUUCGCGUGCCUAUACAGGUGGGAGAGAAGAUCAAACAGGUCCCGAUCUACCAGAUCCCACAUACCGUGCUCGCACAUCAAAGGCCACGGACGGUCUAUAUGUUUUUCCCGCGGCUCUAUGACGAGAAGCGUCAGAAGAAGGGCCCGGUACCUUUACGCGAGGAGCAGAAUCGGCUAUUCUUUGACGGCUUUAUCCGGCCGAGUAUCGAGAAGAUUGGACCACACUUUGUGCACCACUUACCUGGAAGCUACGAUUCUGUCCGGGCAGCAUCACAGAUCGCCAGGGAGUCGUCAGGCUCGGCGGCUAUACGCGGAGCGGCCUUUGAGGUGCCGUAUAGUGAGGAGAACCUCCCCAGGCUGUGGAGCGUUAUGCAGGAGGCACUUGAUCGGGCGGAGCGUGAUAUGGUAGCGGAUGGGCUCCGACCUGGUAGCGACGGCAACGUAAGGGAGACAGAAGAUGCCAGUAAGCUAUGGCAAUUUGGCGAUGCCAUCUUCCUCUGCAGUUACAAGGACACAAAGUUAUGGCAUCAGUCCUCCGGCAGUAGCAUCGCGGGUGUGCUAGGAGACUUCCGCGCCCAAUGCAACGUCGUCAGCCUCGAGCAGGAACCGGCCAUGGGAAGUAUUCACGGUGGUGGCCCUUCUUAUAGUAGCAAUAGGACAGAACCAACGUCAUGGGGUCAAACUCAGCUUAUCGAUGUUGCGUCCGAGCUCCUGCCAACGAGAAGUGGGCAUACUAUUCUGGCUCGACGGUGCUGCCAGCACAACACCUUACGCUUUCUCUACGGCCAGUCUGGGGAGGCCCUACUCGGAAGGACAACCCCCCAGGCGGCAGAGGAUGAGUCUGAUCACGACUGGGGUGUUGAGACCGGCAGUAGCCAGGAGGAUGAGGAAGGUGGAGGUGAAAGAGGCUAUGACAGAGACGACGGACAAGUUCGACGCGGAGUAGGGAGCGGGGAAGACCAGGCUGCAGAAUAUGAUGGUUGGAAGCCUCCCCGGAUCCCGCGCGCCACGACAACAGAGUACCCAGUACACAUGCUACGAGACUCCAUCUCUAUUACUUCGGAACCCAGGAGAACUAGUCCUAUCUUUAAGCACGGCGUCUCGUAUAUUCAAUCCUACACCGUAGAGGAGGGGAACUUCAAUGUGGCCGCCAUCUGGGCUUUCUCACACCCCAACAUCUUUAACCUCGCGCACAGCGAUGAGGCCUGGGCAGCAGUAGCCCGGGAGGGAAAUAUCAAGGCUAGCCGCCAGGACGCGGAACGGGCACUAUCACAGUCCAUUCAACGUAUGGCUAGUAACCUGAAGGAUCCGUCACGGGGAUACGGAUGGCGGAUUGAACUGCGCAUCACGACAGCACUCGCGGCUCAGUUACGGCCGGCGGAAGAGGCCUGGUGGCAACUGACCAAGCGGACAAACCGGCUAUCUGACGAGCCAGGCGCCGUGACUGUGACCCCGGACAGGAAUGCUUUCUACGUGCUUGCGGCUGGCGACUUCAAUGCAUUCGUACGACAGAACAUCGAUAAGCAUCGGCGGCUUAUGGACUAUAUUAUGUCAUAUUGGGCGCGAGACCCAUCUACACCACAGUCAGCGGCAUCGCUCUAUGCUAUCGCAACGCUUGCUCUCCGGCAAUUCAUCAACCACCAGCCGUAUGCAUUGGCCAGGAUACUAUCUGCACCUCUCACCGCCGCUGCCGGGGGCAAGAUCGGUCUCGAUAUGGCCCGUUCCAGAGAGCAGCGGGGGUUUGCCUUCUUCCCGAAAGAUGUGAUAGAUUGGCAUGAGCUCCGGCUAUGUGAUUGGGCCAUAGACCUAUUGCAGGUGCCACAGCUCGUCAUUAAGGCACACUGGCUGGAAGAGGCAUCACUACGGAAGUCUAGACACCUUAUCGACCAGGUGAUCAGCCUCGCCAUCAGUAGGGAUAUCCGCACGCGGGAGCAGGCCGAGGAUGUACUCGGGAUCCUCUCGCAGCUUCUGAUCCGCAGCUAUAAGGAAACGGCAUACCUAGCGCUCUUCCCGGCAAAGGGUGGGAAGAGAAGAGUGCCCGACAUGGACGUAUUUGAGUUUACCCUAGCUGGCGUGCGUUCUGAGUCGAGAGCCGUGCAGGGCAGAGACUGCAAUCCUCCAGGGAACCACCGCUUCUUUAUUAAGCACGUUUCGACUUAUUUUGCCUGGGCAUGGACCCUUGCUGAUAGUGAUAUUAGCCGUGGACAUCUCGAAAGCCAGCAUUUCCGCGUUGAGGCGAAGAGGGCUAUCAAAGCGUUUGAGCAGCUUAGCCACAGUCCGUUCAUCACGGCACAACGGUUCCUCUGCGUGCUAUACUAUCGCUUCUGCCAGCAGGUACUCUGCUUCCCCAACCCCGACAAGAUUAACGGUGUUAUGUCUGUGACUGCCAAGAACGGCAGCCGUACCGUUCUCUGCACACAUGUUAUCAAGCCAUGUGUAACCAUUCCUGAUGAUGCCAAGUUGACGGAUACCGUUGCAGCCAUCGUCUUAACCCAGGAUCCGAAUAUACAUCCACAGAAGAGCAUAUACCCACCUCGUAUCAUAUACUCUAUUCAACAGAUCCGCAGAUAUCUACGUUUGCCUUUAUCUCGAGAUAACCUUCAAGAGAGAUAG